UGAUUGACGCGGCGCGGCCGGGCUGGUCCCUUCCCGGGCUUCCGGCUCCGCUGCUCCGGGCUUGGGUCGCGGGGCUCCGGGGUUCCGCCGCGGAGUCGGGCCGGGCCGGGCCGCGGGAGCCCGGGUUAGGCGGAGGGCGGGCUCGGGCCUGGACGUGCGGGGCCACAGCCUCUGCGGACCUCGUGCCCGCUGCAGAACCGGGCCUGCCCGCUGCAGAACCGGGCCUGCCCGCGAGCAAGGGGCUGAAGAGACAGUACAGCAGGUAGGCACUUGCCUGGCCCCCAGCUGGCCCAGUCUCCAUCCCUGGCCCCACAGACGGUCCUCGAGCACCGCCAGGCGUGAUCUCUGAGCAUAGCCAGCCCCCUGAUGGCAUGUGAGGCAGAGCGAGGCCCCUUGGGGAUGUUUGAGUGCCAGCUGUGUGCCCUCACCGCGCCCUACAGCUACGUGGGCCAGAAGCCCCCCGACACCCAGUCUGUCGUCCUGCUGGAGGAGAGCUACGUCAUGAAGGACCCCUUCUCCCCGGACAAGCAGCGCUUCCUGGUGCUGGGCUCGCGGUGCAGCGCCUGUAGCCGGCUGGUGUGCGUGGGCCCGGGCUGCAGCUUGUUCUACUGCCGACGCUUCUGCCUGCCCUGCGUCCGAGACAACCUCAGCGCCUUCCCGCAGGAAAUCCGGCAGGACCUGGACAAGAGGGCAGCCGCAACCAAGACGCCGGCCGGCCGGCCCGGGGCCCAGCCGUGAGGGCGGCGGGCCAGAGGGGCCGGGGGUGGCCGGCAGCCAGGGAAGGAGGCCUGGGAGCCUGGCAGCUGCUCCAUGGAGGACGAGCCUGCCCCCGGGGGUCACCUUGAGGGCUGGUGGGGGGCGGGGCGGGCGCCCACGGGUCCCGGUGAGCCGGGACGGCCAAGGGCUCCUGUUGUGGUCAAGACCGAAGGCUCCGAGGACAAUAAAAAUGCAGCCAGAGCCCUGAGAGCCGUGGAGGCCGCAUGCUGAGCAGCGCCGGGCCAGGGCCAGUGCGCGGACCCCUUUCCCCUGCGCCCUGUCCCCCCCGCCUCGCCCCAGCCCCUGGGGCCCCCAGAGUGCAGCAGCCGGGAGGGCCCGCCGGGGCUCAUCUCAGAUGCCCAUACUUCGCAGAGCUGCUCACGGGGUCCUGCCGCGAGCGUGACCCCCCCAGCCGGACCCCCAGCCCACCCCGAGGGAUCACCCAGGGAGCCAGAUGCACUUUAAAAAAUAGUUUUAUUUAUUUUUUUCAAGACCAUUAAGGCAGAACUGUACCCUGAAUCGUCUUUACAUUCAUCGGUCACAGCACGACAUUGUGGACAGACAGGCCGGGGUCUGGCACAGGCACCCGGGUGGGCCCCUCCCCGGGGGGGAGAGCUGGCCCCCGAGUCUGGCAUAGAGAGGGACCCUUUUCCACUCCCGGAGUGACGAGGCCGCCCCGAACACUGAGAUAAGGCACUGGGGAGUCUCGCCCGGGCGGGGCCUCCCGUCCAGGUGGGCUGAGCCGGGUCUGCUCCGAGAAUGGGGGUUUCCAUGGGGCCUUGGGGGCACCCCAGCCGGCCCGGGCCAGCCCCGUCAGCCACCGACCUGGAGGGUCCAGUGGCGUCUAUGAAGGUCUCGGGUGGCUUCGCCCAUAGAUUUGCCAUGCACAGGAAUGGGGGUCCCGAGAGGAGCUGUGGGGUCUGCGUGUGUGUGUGUGUGUGUGUGUGUGUGUGUGCGUGCAAUAGUGUAUACCCAUGCUAUAUGCGUGCUACGUGUGUGCUGUUUCUGCACCUAGUGUGUAUACCCGCGCUGUGUAUGUGUACUACAUUUGUGUGCUCGUGUGCUGUGUCUGCGUGUAGUGUAUACCCACAGUGUGUGUGUGUGUGUGUGUGUGUGUGUGUGUGUGUGGUGUCCCGUACACAGGUCUGCAGAGCUCUGUGUCCGCAUUUGUUCCCCCCCCAGGGGUGCCAGGGUCAGCCUGGAGCAUCGGGGCAGCAAACACUGCUCUGGUGCGGGUCCCGGGGCAUGAUUGUCGGGUCACUAGUCUUCGAGGGUUGCCUGGCACCGCGGUGGGGCCGGUGGGAGCCUCCCUGACGUGCUAGGGGGCAGCGCCAGCCGGGGUGGCACUGAGUGGGGACCCUUCCAGGCCUGAGGGCAGGACAGCGGUGUUGUCUCGGAAAGGCCGGCGACAGCUGCAGCCUGACCGCACGGAGGCCCCGCGCCCUUCCUGCCGGGGUGGAGGGGGCCGGGCCGGGCGGGCACAGGCGAGGGAGAAUGAGGGCCCCGCUCGGAACUAGCUCUCGACGGUUCUUAACUGCUUUGUUGUUGGCAGAUGGUGCCGGGGCGGCCACAAGCCCACUGACGUCCUCGCCGCUGCCGGCUGCCCCGUCCAGAUGUGCCCUUGGACACGGCGCGGUUUGGCCUGUUCUCGGCCAAGGAUGCAGCUGCCGGGGCCCCUUGGUCAGGCCCGGUGCCCACAGCUUCAGGCCAGAAGGGAAAGACGCAGCUGCCCUGGCCCACUCGGGAGGGCCGCGGAGGGGCCACCGUGCUCCUCUGACCCUCGACGCGGCGUCCAAGGGCAUGUGGGGAGGUCCCGGAGCCCCUGCGGCGGGAGCAGCCCCAGGGUGUGCCUGGGCGUGAGCACAGACUCAGGGCCUGGGCGCUUCCCACGAGCUACCUGCCCGCCGAGCCCCCGACAGCGCCGGCCAUAGCCCAGAGCCAGCCUGACAGUCACAGCCUGAGUCAAGUUACAGUCAAGUCUGAGUCAAGUCAGCCUCAGUUUGACAACUACAGCCCUGAGCCAGUCACAACUUGACAGUCAGAGACACAGCCUGAGUCAGUCACUCACAAACAGCCUGACAGACACAGCCUGAGUCAGUCACACUCAGCCUCAGUCACAGUCACACACAGUCACAGUCACACACAGCUUGACAGUCACACACACAGCCAGAGUCACAGUCACACAUCCUGAUAGUCACAAACAGCCUGAAAGACACAGCCUGAGUCAGUCACACAGCCUCAGAGUCACAGGUGGAGUCACAGUCACACACAGCUUGACAGUCACACACAGCCUGAGUCACAGUCACACAGCCAGUCAGCCUGACAAUCACUCACCGCCGGUCAGUCACAGACACAGCCUGAGUCACAAACACAGACACAGCCUGAGUCAGUCACACUCAGCCUCAGUCACAGUCACAUGUGGAGUCACAGUCAUACACAGCUUGACAGUCACACACAGUCACAGUCACACACACAGCCUGAGUCACAGCAACACAGCCAGUCAGCUUGACAAUCAUACUCAUAGCUGGACAGUCACAGACACAGCCUGAGUCAGUCACAUUCAGCCUCACAGUCACAGGCGGAGUCAUAGUCACACUGACAGUCACAGACAUAGCCUGAGUCACAGCCACUCACAGCCGGACAGUCAAGACACAGCUUGAGUCACAGUUACACAGCCUGACAGUCACACACAGCCGGACAGUCACAGACACAGCCUGAGCCACAGUCACAUUCACAGCUGGACGGUCAGACAGCCUGACAGUCACACUCAGAGUCAGACAGUCACAGACACAAUCGCAGUCUGAGAGUCACAACCACAAUCUCGCAGUUACAGCCUGACAGAGGUACUCACAGCCACACCCUGACAAUCAGAGUCACAGUCUGAGUCAAGUCACAGUCACAGCUUGGCAACCACCACCCUGAGAGUCAGUAACAGCCUGAUAGUCACAGAUACAGCCUGACAGUUGCACUCACUGCCACAGCCCAACACAGCCACAGCCACAGUCUGACAGUCACAGUCUAAGAGUCAGUCACAGCCUCACAAUCACAGCCUGAGUUACAGUCUCAGUCACAGCCUGACAGCCACAGUCGCAGCCCCACAGUCUCAGCCACAGCCUGACAGGCACAGUCGCCGCCCCACGUUCUCAGUGCCAGCCUUGAGGGUCCAGCUCUGAGAGUCGCAGGCCAAGUGUCCAGGCAGGCUCUGAGCGGAGACUCGGCCAUGGGUCCCAGGAGCCCCGAGCCGGGACAUGGCCUGACCCCUGCCUUGCACAGCUCCUCCACGGGCACACGGCAGACCCUGGGGGGUGGCCCCGCCCCUGUGCCCUGGCUGCUGGGGGCGCCUUCCACAGGCUGGCCACCCCUCCCGGGGGCUUCCCGGCCGCGGGUCCAGGUGGCCGGGGCGCUGGGCCUGGGCCCCCGCUGUUCAAGAGGCCUCGAAAGCAGAGGGGCUUCCUGAAGCCGACCCCCAGGGCCACCCGAGGGAGUGGCCAGUCUGAGCCACACCAUGGGACCUCUGGGGCAGGACAAACCCCCCUUGCGAGUCUCCCACGGGCCCGGAGCCCCUGACUUGAGGAGAGAGAUGGGGGGUGUCUCCCCGUGGGGGUCUCGGCAGGGCCCACGGAGCCCCCAGGCCUCACUCCUUGCAGGCCCAGGAAGCAGCCAGGGCCCCCGGGUUUCUCAGGCACAGCCAAGUGACCCAAGCUGGCACACUGGUCCCCUCGCACCCUGGUCAGGCGCCUGCGUUGGUGCCACAAACCGAAAGUGGGAGACCAUGAAGAAUGCAGCAAUGGCCAGACAGUGACCCAGAGGCCGUCGUGGGCGACACCAGAGAGUGACCCAGGGGCACCAUGGACACCAGAGAGAGACCCGGAGGCACCGUGGACACCAGAGUGACCUAGAGGCACCGUGGAUGACACCAGAGAGUGACCCGGAGGCACCGUGGACGACACCAGAGAGUGGCCCAAAGGCACCGUGGACACCAGAGAGUGGCCCGGAGGCACCGUGGACACCAGAGUGACCCGGAGGCACCGUGGACGACCCCACAGCCUUCCUGGGGCUGGGGCCAGCAGAGGGGUCCUGGCGCGUGCGUGGCACAGGCCCGGGUCCUGGGGCCUUUUCGUGCUGCCGGGACGCAUGGUUGAGGUAGCUGUGAGUCCAUCUGAGUCCCCGGAACCACAAGGCCACGGCCCAGCGUCCGCCCGGGGCACCGGUGUGUCCCCGUGUGUCCCGGAGCCUGGCCUGAGGCCGAGUCUCGGCUCCCCGAGUGGAGCAGGGGGGCGUUGAGCCCCCACGGCCUGGAGCACCCUCAAGCACCUGGAGGGGUGUCGCUGCCCAUGGCCCCGGGUCCCGGCAGCUCCCAGACAGUGGCCACGGGGCAGUGGGUGGCCCUGAGGAGCCGGACACCGUUGGCCACUAGUGGACACAGGGCCGGACCAUGUUCCCACGACCACGCAGUAGAGGGCCGGAAGCUUCCAGAACCUGUUGGCACGGCUCCGCGGCACAGUGGCUGGCAGGCGCGAGGCUGGCGCUGGCACGGCUCCGGGGGCCACGGGCUCCCCCUGGGCCCCACCCCUGCGGGGCUGCUGACCGGCCGGCACGUGAGCCUCCGGCCGCGCCCUCUCCCAGGACGCCGGAAACCUUCCGUCUGCCCCUGUGCUAUUAUUUUGUUUUUCCCGUGGCCGCCGCCGUGUCGGGCUGGUCCGGGCCCACGUGGAGGGUCACCGGGUGUUCUGUGACGGCCGGGUCGGCGCUGGAGGGCUGGCGAUCCUCUCCUGGGUCCGUUUCUCUGGGACGGUGGACAACAAAACAAGGCGGUUUCCUGGUGUGGGUGGUCCACGAGACCCCCGAGGCCGAGGGGAGCGGCAGGCACAGG